AUGACCGGCGCGGAGGAGAAAGUUAUCGUCCUGCCGACCGACCAGGCCGAUCGCCUUCUCGAGGAUACGACAUCCGACGGCGCUCCCCGCCUCGAAAUCGAUCGCGUCCGCGCGCUGACACCUGGGUGCCUUCGAAUCGAGGAUACGGGCGACCACGAAGCCGCUCACCUCCCGACUACCGUCGCCGUUCACGUACACCUCCGUUUCAAGGGAGAGCCUAUGGCCCUGGCGUCUAUAACCGACGACGCUCUCCCCCGCGACGAUUUUCUCCCCGACGCGACGAUCGCUUUCGGUCGCCCCCUCCUUCGUGGCGGUCUCGGUCUCCAUACAGCGAGGGCAAGUCUCGGGAUGCAUCCCGAGGGCGAAGUAACCCACGACGGACCCGGGAUUCUACGCCAGGCAAUCAAGAAUCUCGUAUGA